AUGUCUCAACGAAUGUUUGAUUUCCAUGGCGACGACCAAGCCUACAUCUCUUUCCUCGAGUGUCAGCUGAUCAGUGCUCAAUGGGCUGGUUUUAUGGAAUUCCCCAAUACUGCGAGGGGAGAGAUCUUGCAGGAGGUGUCUUCGACGAACAGCGUCCAGUUCGUGCCAUACACCCCCUCAACGUCUCAUGCCCGAUCCAGCAACCCUGGGCAAAAUGAGCUACCAUGGAAGCGACAACUUGACAGCUUUAUUUCCGCUCUUCCCACCGAGAAAACCUGGAGCGAGGCGAGGAAAAGAGCUGGAAUCGACACCCCAAUCAGAAACCAACUGGCAGUGCGACUGAUGCUAGGUCACACUAACCAUGCUACGUUUCGCUGGGUCCAACAAACUGCGUCGAUUUCUCGAACACUUCCAUCGGAGGACCAGGACCUUGUGCGAAGAGGCUACCAAUAUGCACAAUUCAUUAAUCGCUGUGCGGGUGACCUCAGCUUCAAGACAUCCGUGGUGUCCUUCCAGCAAUUGAUAUUUGUCAGCUACUGCACGGUAUUGAUUCAAUUUGGAGUAACGAAGGAUACGGUAAACGAUAUGAUGAGGCGAUACAUCGACCGGAACAACGAUGAUAGCACCCUCGAGGGCUAUCGUCGUGGAGUGGUGUGGAUCAAUCGAUGCAUUGCAGCUCUUCUUGCCAAUGGCUGGGGGCACAAAAGCUGGGAGAUCUUCUUGCUGGAGAAGCGGUCGCUGGCACAAUUCGCCCGCUUCGCAGCCUACGACGCGCAAAGUUAUAGAACGCUGGUGCAGCGGCUACAGAAAGCCAAUGUUCCGUUGCAAGAAGACGGCUGGACACCAUACUCUAUUCCCUGUAUCGUGCAGUGUUUAGCGGGCAACAACAUUGAAUUGUGGCGCAUAUGUCAUAUUCUUGGCUACGGGCCGCUCCAGGAAUCCCCCGUGUUAUCUCUGUCCCCAGGGUUCAUGUAUUCCUUCAAACAAUUGGCUGGUGAGCCAGCCGAGCCAUCGGUUGGUACCAGCCUACCACCAGCAAAGGCUCCGCUGGAGUGA